AUGGGUUCGCAAUCCACUGCAGUCAACACACAUCCCCAUGUCCCAAAAGCAGGGGUAUGGUGCCCAGCAGUGACAUACUUCGACCAUGCGACGGAUACAAUCGAUCUGGAAGCGCAGAAGAAAUAUUACGCCUACCUAUCCAAAACUGGUCUCACCGGUCUCGUCAUACUAGGAACGAACUCAGAAGCCUUCUUGCUUACCCGCGAAGAACGUGCACAACUAAUCUCCGCAGCCCGUGAGGCCGUCGGCCCAGACUUCCCUCUGAUGGCCGGCGUAGGAGCCCACUCGACAAAGCAGGUGCUCGAAUUAGCGGCGGAUGCCGCCAGCGCAGGCGCAAACUAUCUCCUUGUCCUCCCACCCGCAUACUUCGGCAAGGCUACAACGAUGAACGUCGUGAAGCGCUUCUUCGCCGAUAUAGCCCGUCGAAGCCCGCUCCCCGUCGUGAUCUACAACUUCCCCGGCGUCUGCAACGGUGUCGACAUCGAUUCCGAGACCAUUACAGAUAUCGUUCACGAAUCUGCAAAGUCAAGCCCCAACGGUGUCUCGAAUGUGGUCGGCGUGAAAUUGACUUGCGCUUCUGUGGGAAAGAUCACCCGUCUCGCGGCAACAUUUCCUGCGUCGGAGUUUGCUGUGUACGGCGGCCAAGCAGACUUCCUAAUCGGGGGGCUCAGCGUUGGCUCAGCAGGAUGUAUCGCAGCUUUCGCGAAUGUCUUCCCGCGCACGGCGUCGAAGGUGUAUGAGCUCUAUGUGUCUGGGAAGGUGACUGAGGCGAUGAACUUGCAUCAGAAGGCCGCGCUGGCGGAGAGCCCAUGUAAGAGUGGCAUCGCGACGACAAAAUAUGCGACUGCGAUUUACUCAGCCAAGCUGGCGGGAAUUGAGGACGCCGAGGAGAAGUUGAAACCUCGGACGCCGUACGAGGAGCCUGCGGAGGGGGCAAAGAAAAUGGUGCGGGAGGUAAUGGGCGCGAUAGCGAAGCUUGAAGCGACUCUUUAG